AUGACCAACCUUGCGCAGCGUCCGAAAACGCUAUACGACAAAAUUUGGGAUGAACACCUCGUGCACGUCCGGGAGGAUGGAGUAGCUAUCCUCUACGUCGACAGACAUAUGAUCCAGGAGUUAAGCAGCCAAAAGGCAUUCGCAGGGAUACGAAAUGCAGGUCGUACAGUCCGUCGAAGAGACUUAACGCUAGCGACAAUGGACCAUAAUGUCCCGACAGACCCGCGGAUGAACCUCUUGCGAAUUGAUGAGUAUAUUAACGACCCAGACGCGAAAGCACAAUGUAUUGAGAUGGAAAAGAACGUCAAGGACUUUGGUAUAACGUACUUCGGGCUUAAAGAUCGCAGGCAGGGUAUCGUGCAUAUCAUCGGACCUGAACAAGGAUUUACACUCCCCGGAGUCACCUUCGUAUGCGGAGACUCGCAUACCUCCACGCACGGAGCAUUCGGCGCCCUAGCCUUCGGAAUCGGAACAACAGAAGUCGAACACGUCCUCGCAACACAAACAAUCCUGCAAAGAAAAAGCAAAAACAUGCGUAUAAUCGUCAACGGCUCCCUACUCGAAGGUGUCACUUCCAAAGACGUUAUCUUGCAUAUUAUAGGUGUGAUUGGUACUGCUGGUGGGACAGGUUGCGUUAUCGAGUAUGCUGGGUCGGUGUUCCGUGGGUUCAGUAUGGAGGCACGUAUGAGUGUGUGUAAUAUGAGUAUUGAAGCUGGUGCGAGAGCUGGGAUGGUCGCUCCGGAUGAGGUUACUUUCGAGUACCUUAAAGGAAGGCCGUUUGCACCGAAGGGCGAGAUGUGGGACCAUGCAGUGGAGUAUUGGAAGACGCUAAAAUCGGCUGAAGGAGCGGUGUUCGACAAGGAAGUCCGAAUCAAUGCUCAGGAUAUCGUACCGACAGUGACGUGGGGUACUUCACCUCAAGACGUUGCACCAAUCACGGGUAAAGUGCCCGACCCCGCUAAUAUCGAAGAUCCUGUUCGACGCAAAUCGGUCGAACGUUCAUUGCAGUACAUGGGCUUGGCACCUAAUACACCAAUGACGGAGAUCAAAGUCGACAAGGUGUUCAUCGGAUCAUGUACAAACUCGCGGAUUGAGGACCUGCGGUCGGCAGCGAAGAUCAUACUAGCAGCAGGCGCAGACGCGAAGGUCGCACCUCACGUCUAUGCAAUGAUCGUUCCCGGUUCCGGUAUGAUCAAAACGCAGGCUGAGGCGGAAGGACUAGAUAUCAUCUUCAAACGCGCAGGAUUUGACUGGCGCGAAGCGGGUUGUUCGAUGUGUAUUGGUGUGAAUCCCGACCAGCUGGGGCCUCAGGAGCGUUGUGCUAGCACGAGUAACAGGAAUUUCGAAGGCAGGCAAGGUCCUGGUGGACGAACUCAUCUGCUCAGUCCUGCGAUGGCAGCUGCAGCAGCACUGACUGGCUACUUGACCGACGUUCGCAAAUUCCUCAGCACUUCUUCGGGCCAGGCCUCGACGCAUGUCAAAGAAACGGACGCGUCAACAUUCUGGACAGACCAGCCCGAACUUCCUGAACCCAUAGCAGAAGGCAUGGCCUCCCAAAUAGACCGUACCGAGACAGCAGUAAUUAGCGAGCGCAAGUUCACAAUAUGGAGAGGAAUAGCAGCACGUCUGGACAAGGAGAACGUCGACACAGACGUCAUCAUCUCAAAACAAUACCUCAAGAUAUCCGACCUCAGCGUCUUAGGCGACGCCUUGUUCGAAACCUUGCGCAAAGAUCCUGUAACAGGCGAACUCACCGACUUCAUAUUGAAUUGCCCACCUUUCGACAAGGCGAAGAUCCUUAUUUGCACAGGCGAGAACUUCGGCUGUGGAAGUAGUCGCGAGAACGCACCCUGGGCUCUGAAAGUAUUCGGAAUUCGUUGUGUCAUCGCUCCAAGCUUCGCAGAUAUCUUCCGCAAUAACACGCUACAGAACGGUAUGCUUGCUAUCGAGCUCCCGAAGCAGACUUGUGUUUCUCUAGCUGACGACGCCGAGACGGGUGCGGAACUGGAAGUUGAUCUUGAGAAGAACGAGAUUAGGAGACCGAAUGGCCAGCCGCCGGUUACGUUCAGUAUAGAUUCGUUCCGGAGGCAUUGCUUGUUAAAUGGGCUGGAUAAUAUUGAGUUGACGCUGCAGAAGGAAGAUGCUAUUACAGACUUUGAGCAACGUCAUAGGGACCUAAGGCCGUGGCUUUAUACCAGAGGGUAUAAAGGCGGGAAAGUGGCAAUAGGCUCGGCACGCACGAGUUCACUGGAAUGGUGA